GAGUAGUAAUGGAGCAAAAUGUUGAACAACAGGAACAUGUAAAUAAUACAUCUGCUGAGCUGCGGAUUAAAAGGACUCAGCAUUCAGCAUUGUUUAGAAGAUUCGUAGAUGCUAUGACUGAAUAUAGCAGUAUUCAAACAGAAUAUAGAGAACGCUGUAAAAACAGAAUAAAACGUCAGCUUCAAAUAACUGGUAAUGUAAAAACUGAUGAUGAAAUUGAAGAAAUGUUGGAAAAUGGAAAUCCAGAAGUCUUUACCCAAGGGCUUAUAAUUGAAACUCAGAAAGCUAAACAGUCAUUGGCUGAUAUUGAAGCUCGUUAUGCUGAUAUCAUGAAGUUGGAGAAGAGUAUCAAAGAGCUUCAUGAUAUGUUUUUGGACAUGGCCAUCAUAGUUGAAAGUCAGGGUGAGCUAGUUGACAGAGUUGAAUACAAUGUCCGAAAUACUACUGAUUAUAUUGCAAAAGGUCUUUCUGACAUCAACACUGCAAUAACAUAUCAGAAGAAAGCACGGAAGAAAAAGAUCAUCUUAAUCAUCGUUUUGAUUGUUGUGCUUGCAAUUAUUGGAUUAGUUAUAGGACUCACUGUGAAGUAGAAAGGGAAAACAGAAAGAAAUGAAUUGAAAACAGUGCUCUGUAAAAUUGCAUGUGGCAUUAUAGAUACAUAAUUAUCUGUAUGAUUAUUCAUAGGUGAUCUUGAAAAGUUGGAUUUUUCUUAUCUGAAUACCUACAUUUAGCAAAUUAAUUUGUGAUGUGAGUUUCCAAGCAUAGACUAAAAAAAACCAGUUUUUGUGUAAAUCAAGUCACUUACUAAUUUUACAGUUUUAAAAAAAUAAUUGGGUAGUGUGUUAACAAUAUCUAGAAAUGCAAUUUCUUAUUUGAAUUUUGUUAUUAAUUAUUUUUGUUUAAAAGCUAUGCGUCUGAUUUUUAAAACAACGAAAUACAGUGAACCUUCUCAUGGUGGCCACUUCUCUUAACCAACCAUCUUUUAAAAUGACUGGUGUUUCUGAGAACAUAAAUUAUAAUCUUAGUGAUAAUUGCAAUACGAUUUAAAUCAGCUUUCUUAACCCAUCCAAGAUUAUUAAUUGCGUAAAUAUUAAUGUAAUCACCAAGAUAUCUGAUUUUGCUGUUAAACUAUUAUAUUUUACGUUCUAAACAGGUCAAAGUAUAACCUUUUCAAUCCUUUCUAGUGGUUUUUAUUUAAGUUGUUUUUAUUAAAAACUGUGGUUAAUCAUUUUUGAAUCAUAACUUCAUUUUUUUUUUUCAGCAUUGUCUAAUUUAUCAUAUAGGCUUGAUUCUGUAUUUAUGCUGCAUUAUUUUUAAAUGAACCAUCCUAUUCCUAAACUAUUUAUAAUUCAUAAGUUAUAAUAUUUCAUAUGUUGUAAGGACUAAUCAAAGAUUAAGAUAUUUCAGGAUUUAGGAUGCAAACUUUAGGAUUUAGCAAAACAAAAAGUUAAAAUAUUAAAUUUAGAAAGAAGAUUAAAACUGAAGACAUUAUUUGUAGUUUCUGUCCCCCCCCCCAAAAAAAAAACUAGUAGAAAAAUUUGG